GUAAUCUCUACAUCAAACAUGGGGCUUGUACUCAUGACCCUGAGAUCAGAGUACCAUGCUCUUCUGACUGAGCCAGCCAGUACCCCCAGGACAGGGAUUUUUAAUCAUUUUUAUUUCCUCAGUGCCCACAGUAUCACCUUAGUAAAGCUUUCACACUCUAGAUUCUCCUUCACAGAACACAGGACUAAUGUGUUGGUAGCAUCUCCACCCUUCUGUACGGCUCUGUGUCUCACUGUGACUCUACUGCUGCUAGGCCUUCCCAGUGGAAACUUCUCAGACUGUCCACAGCCAUCUGCAGUGUUCUUGGCUCUGUGGACUGUGAGUCCUUCUGGAGCAGGGAUGAUGCAUACAGCGACUCAGUAAGCGUCCACUGAAUGAGUGAUAUCCAAAAGGUGUGCAUCCAGAAGGGAGACCCAGAGCUCUGGGGUCCAGAAGAAAGGACUAGAUCAAGUCAAGUUCCCCUCUUGAGCCCAGAGGUCCCUGGAGCAUGGGAACGAACCAGGCUUGGAACGUGAAGGUGGAGACAGGUCCUCCCUUUGGAUCCUAGCUAGCCAUCUGACACUCCCUUGUCAGAGCUUUGAGAACCUCAAGAAUACAGAAGGCCCAGAUCUUCUCUUCUAGCUUAAGAAGAUCAGAGGAGAACUGAUUAAAAAUUACUGCCACCCUGGGAAAACCUAGAAGGGACCAUGGAGACUUGGACCUUGAGGCCCGGGGAGAGAGCUGUCCACUCUCAAGCCUCAGCCCUUUCUCAGGAUGGGGAGGACAAGACCCAGUUUCAGGAGCCAUUGACCUUCAAGGACGUGGCCGUGGUCUUCACUGAGGAGGAGCUGAAGCUGCUGGACCCUACCCAGAGGAAGCUGUACCGAGAUGUGAUGCUGGAGAACUUCAGGAACCUGCUCUCUGUGGGAGACAAGAAUGAAAAAGUCCUGGAGUAUAUUCAAGAAAGAGAAUUAAAGUGCCUUUCCUACAGAGAGCUCUCCUACUGGAAAAUCUGGAAACAGGUGGCUGGUGAAUUAACUGGGAGUCAGGACCAUAGAGUAAAUCUUCAAGGGAAAAGUUCCCAGUUCUCAGAAGACGCUUCUCCCUUCCAAGGGUGGCCAGGAAUACCCACUCGGGGUUCACCAAUGGAUAGUUUUGUGGCCAGUCUUCAGGGACCCGUUGGUUCAGAAAAUCAAGAAUUUCCAUCCUGGAAAGGUGUAAGCCUGGUAUCUGUUCAAGAUUCUUGGAUGAAAGCCUUUGUGAAUGAGCCAUGGAACACUGGAGAAAGGUGUAAGAAACUCGACAGGCAAGAUACAGUAUGUAAACAUGAGGGGGACAGUUACAGCUUCCACUGGAUAUCGCCUUGUUGCAAUGACCAUGGAUUACCUGAAAGAGAGAGACCCUGUAAUUGCGAUCAGUGUGUUAAAAAGUCGAUUCUUCAUCGCCCCGACUCCCAAGAGGAUGACUGGAAAAGACACGAAUGUGGAAAUGGCUUCAGGGGAGAUUCACACUUUCCCACUCAUCCAAGAGGGCCCUCGAGAGAGAAACCCCAUAAAUAUGAGUUUGGUCCAGGCCUAAGGCCUACUGCCCGUCUGGAGAGACCUCAAAGGACUCCCUCAGGUGAGAAACCCCCUAUAAGUAAGGAGUGCGGUCGGGGCCGAAGGCUGAACCCACGAGGGCCCAGCCGGCCCCGGGCCCCUGCAGGGGAGAUGCCCUACCGGUGUGAGGCCUGUGGGAAGGGCUUCCGGUACCAGUCGAUUCUCCUCAUUCAUCAAGGGGUCCACACGGGAAAGAAGCCUUACACGUGCGAGGAGUGUGGGAAGGCGUUUGGUCGCAGCUCCAACCUGCUGGUCCAUCAGCGGGUCCACACUGGUGAGAAGCCGUAUAAGUGCGGCGAGUGCGGGAAGGGCUUCAGCUAUAGCUCAGUGCUGCAGGUGCACCAGCGGCUGCACACAGGGGAGAAGCCCUACACGUGUGGUGAGUGUGGCAAAGGGUUCUACGCCAAGUCUGCGCUCCACAAGCACCAGCAUGUGCACCCAGGGGGCAAGCCCUACAGCUGCAUCCAGUGCGGGAAGGGCUUCACCUGCAGCUCGCACCUCAGCAGCCACCAGAAGUCGCACACAGGACAGAAGCCCUACCAGUGUGACAAGUGCGACAAAGGUUUCAGUUACAACUCGUACCUCCAGGCACACCAGCGAGUUCACACUGGCCAGCGCCUCUUUGAAUGCGACGUAUGUGGGAAGACUUUCAGUUACAGCUCAGGGCUUCUCCGGCACCAGAGGCUGCACACAGGAGAGAAGCCCUACAAGUGCGAGUGCGGGAAGGGCUUCGGCCGCAGCUCGGACCUUCACGUCCACCAGCGGGUCCACACCGGGGAGAAACCCUAUAAGUGCAUUGAGUGUGGGAAGGGCUUCCGGCGGAAUUCAGACCUUCAUAGUCACCAGAGGGUCCACACGGGAGAGAGACCCUUCGUGUGCGAUGUGUGUGGGAAGGGCUUUAUUUAUAGCUCUGACCUCCUUAUCCAUCAGAGGACCCACACGGGAGAGAAGCCCUACAAAUGUGCCGAGUGUGGCAAAGGCUUCAGUUACAGCUCGGGGCUUCUCAUCCACCAGAGGGUCCACACUGGCGAGAAACCUUACAAAUGUGAAGCGUGUGGGAAGGGGUUCAGGUGUACCUCAAGUCUCUACAAGCAUCAGCGGAUUCACACGGGAAAGAAGCCCUAUACGUGCGACCAGUGUGGCAAGGGAUUCAGUUACGGCUCGAAUCUUCGCACCCACCAGAGAUUGCACACGGGAGAGAAACCCUACACGUGUUACGAAUGUGGCAAGGGCUUCAGAUAUGGCUCCGGCCUCCUCAGCCACAAGAGAGUGCACACCGGAGAGAAGCCAUAUAGAUGCGACGUGUGUGGGAAGGGCUAUAGCCAGAGUUCACACCUUCAAGGUCACCAGCGGGUCCACACUGGCGAGAAGCCCUACAAAUGUGAGGAGUGUGGGAAGGGCUUUGGUCGAAGCUCCUGUCUUCAUGUCCACCAAAGAGUCCACACUGGUGAGAAGCCCUACAGAUGCGGGGAGUGUGGGAAGGGCUUCAGUUACAGCUCAGGCCUGCGAAAUCAUCAGCGAGUGCACAUAAGUGAGAAACCUGACAAGUAGGCAUGCGUUGAGAUGGAACCUGAACUUAUUCACCUGGCUGCCAGCGCAGGAGGAAGACUUUGUGAACAUGAUGUGUGGGGUUGGCUGCAGUGGAGGCUGACCUGGUCACCAUGGCCUGGUCUGCAGAGGAACAGAAGACCCAGAAGUUUGAGAGAUGGGAAGGGAAGACCCAGAAGUUUGAGAGAUGGGAAGGGAAGACCCAGAAGUUUGAGAAAUGGGAAGAGCACUUGAGUUUCACACUUCCAUCUCCAGAGUCUGUCGCUGGGCAGACUGUCCUCAAAGAAGUAUGACAGGGACCUCAGUAAAAAUCAUCACUCUCAUUAGAGUCGGCCCAGGAGGGAGUUUUUAUAAAUAAUACGAGUGAGAAUGGAUCAAGGGCAGGUUUUGGACAUGGAUUCCUUGUGGAGAAAGGGGAGGAAUACCUACAAAUGGGACAAAUGUAGGAAAAGGUGGUCACUUUAGUAAAACCAAUAUUGUGUGUACUUUUUAGAUUGGUUUUACAAAAAUUGAAAGAUGAUUUUUGCCAUUGGUUGAGGGAGGCCAGUUGCUUUUAGAAGACCAGCAACAGUUAGAGGGAGGGUCCCUCUCUUGGCAGGUCUGGAUGAUGUGUCUCCAUCACGUUUUUUUAUAUCACGUUGUGGUGGAUAUGUUUUAUCCCCUAGAGAUAAACUGCUGUCUUGGAGAGGUUGUACUGAACUGCAGGGCCAUUUCGUUUUAUCAGGUUGUUUUGUGUAAAAUAGGCUCUCUGCCCAGCAUGAAGCCCAUCAUGGGGCUUGAACUCACGAUCCUGAGAUCAAAACCUGAACCAAGAUCAUGAGUCAAAUGCCCAACUGACUGAGCCACCCAGAUGCCCCUCAUUUUAUCAGCUUUUAAAAACAAACAAACAAAAAAGCUGAUUGGCAUUGCAUUGAAUUUACAGGUUAAUUUGUUUUAUUGCUAUCAUGAGUAUAAUACUUCUGCCCUAUUUCAUUUUAUAGUGUUUUUAAACAGGUGAGACAAAAUACUAGAGCAUUUGAAAAAAUCAGAAAUACCAUUUUAACUUGUCAGAAUAGCUGUGGUAAAAUAGUCACCACAGAAUUUAUUGAUAGGAGUGAAAAAAAAGUCUUUAGAAGGAAUUUGUCAGUGUCUCAAGUUUAAUUUGUAUAGUCUUUGAAGUGGCAAUAAGUAUGUAGUAAUUGAUACUUGGGAGAUAAUUGCACAUGUGGAAAAAGAUGUAUGCAUAUGGCUGAGUUUCUUAGCGUUUUCUUACUAUAGAAAAAAAGAUGUUAAUACUCCAAGUGUAAUAAGUUAAGGCACAUGUAAAUGAGUGAAAAUCACUUAAAAUGCUCAAGUACACCUACGUUGACAUUGAAGAUUGCCCAUAAACUAUUUUGUGAGCCAGGAAAGUUGUAGAAUAAUUUUAGUAUGACCCUAUUUUGUUAAUAGUUUUUUGUGUGUGUAUGUUUAUUGAGAGAGAAAGAAAAAAAUUUAUGAAAGGUUAGUAUGAUAUCUCUAUCAUACUAUGCCUAUCUCUAGUAAGUGGGAUGCAGGAUGUGUAAUAUAUUCGUGUACUUUUAUGUGUUUCACUUUUUAACAAAGUAUAUAUCAAUUUUAUAACAAUAGUAAAGCUAUUUUUUAAAAAAUUAAUCGGAUGGAACGGUGCCUUAUGGUCAAAGAUCCAUGUCAUAACCUCUAUAAUUUUGUUGUUGCCUUUUCUUUCUACUGUUUACUUAGCACCUACUGCCAAAUAUAUGGUAUGCAAUGAACUGAGAAA